ACAUUACAGGUGCAGGUGAGAGAGGGGCGAUAGUUUUCAGUUAAUUAAGAUCUUGGGCCUAGUCCAAUUAAGUUCUGUGCUAUUUGGUCUGUAUUUCUCAGUCUAUAGACUAGCUUUCCACAUUUGUCAUCAAGGACAAUACAGCCUACUACCAAACACGAGAGAAAAGUUUUGCCAGCGCACACACACAAAGCAACGAGCAGAAACCCAAUGGACUCAAAGACCCACAGUUUAUGGAUGCCUUUCCCCUUGAAGUCAUGCCGGUGGAGUCAAGUCCUGCAUUGUUUUACAGUAAUUUUGGCAGUUGGUCUUCUGUUUGUCUUGAUGUUGUUGUCAUACACGUUCUGCGAGCUUUCCCUUAGGCCUCACCAGCAGCAGUACAGUAACGGACCUGACAGACUCGUCUCCAAUGAAACGCAGACGCUCCGAACCCCUGAGGGCCCGGAUCCAACGUUCCCUGUGAGUGACGACCCGGGCUUCAGUCCAGAGGAGUGGGACCGGAUACAACAGGCGGUCCGCUGGGCCGAACCGGACCACGAGAUUAGCAACGCAAGUGUGUGCACGAGUGCAGCCCACUCCACCUUCAUUAUUAAUAACUUCAAGGAGAAAUACACAGUGGGAGAGGAAGUCCUCGCCACCAUCAUCGCCAAGGAUUUCACUGGUACGCCAAAACGCUACGGAGGAGACUUCUUCCAGGCCAAGGCUUAUUCAGACAAAUUAAAGGCCAGUGUGUUUGGAGAGGUCCUGGACCAUCGGAAUGGCACUUACACGGCCCAGUUCAAGCUCCCGUGGGCCGGCCCGGUGAAGCUGGCCGUGCGCCUGAUCCACUCCAGUGAGGCGGUGCACUUCCUCAAGCAAGGCCGCCGCACCUACAACAACCACUUCUUCUUCUGGAACUACUUCCUGGGCACAAGUCAGCAGCACGGGGGUGCCAAGGUGGAGGAGGUAGUGGAAUGUAAGGUGAAGUGGCCGGGCGUGGUGCUGUCGUCGUCGCCAAGGGGACGGUGCGAGUACCACGAUGCCCACACGGGCCUCACCUGGCAGUGCCACAAACCCCCGACACUGACUUGCCAGGACCGUGUGUUCCACUCAGGAGGUGUAUUCACGAAACACCUCACCGCCCUGGAGGAGGUCCUCAUGGACAGCCAGCAUGUGAACCGGUGGCUUACCGGUGACUCACGCCUGAUUAGUGUGACUGCCACUAAUUCAAGUACUGUGGUGAGAGAGCCGUGCAAACCUGGACUUCCCACACCAGUGCCAGCAGGAUUUUUCCUGAACGAUGUGUGGACGUCAUUUGUCUGUGCCACCCGACAUUUCACUGUUCCAGACAUCGCUCAAUGCCUGAGGGGCAAGCACAUCUACAUCAUGGGAGACUCCACCAUCAGACAGUGGUUUUUAUACCUCUUUAAGGCUGUACCAACUCUUCACCACGUCUACCUCCCCAUCAACGUCCAGAUGGGGCCCUUUAAGGCCGUAGACCUGAAGAACAACAUCGUCAUGCAUUUCCGCUCGCACGGCCUCCCUCUGCACUGCGUCAAGAUUCCCGUGGAGUACUUCCACUACAUGAGCAGCGAGAUCGACGGCCUGCCUGGCGGCCCGGACACCGUGAUCAUGUUCAACUUGUGCGCGCACCUCGCCAGUUACCCACUCACUUACUACGGCUACCGCGUCUGGCUAAUCCGGAGGUCGGUCGUUGCCCUCUUGAAACGAGCGCCAGGGACCAGGGUCAUCAUCAAGACAGCCAACACGGGGUACAACAAAAAGCAUUCUUAUCGCAGUGAUUGGCUCACUAUGCAAGUGGACCGGAUCCUGCGCGAGGCCUUCCGUGACAUGGGAGUCUACAUCGUGGAUGUAUGGCAGAUGACCGCCUGCCACUACUUGAAGGACAACCUCCACCCUGCCCCACUGAUAGUCCAAAAUGAAGUCGACAUACUUCUCUCUUUUAUUUGCCCUCUCUAAGAAUGCAGCUCCUCUCUCAUUAGUGCGUCAUCUGUCUGUGUGUGCGUGUGUGUGUUUCUGUGUGUGUUUCUGGUGUGUCUGUUUUUUUUGUUUGUCUGUGUCUGUUUGUG